CACAACACCCCCCCGCGGCUCCCCUCCCACGUCCUCUCUCGCCCUCGCCUCCUCUUCCCCCUCAAAACACGAUCCUCCUCUUCGUGAUUUUCGUUCACCUUCUCAUUUUCCAUCGCUUCGAUCCCGAUACAUGUUCGCCCUAAUCCGAUCUUCUCCCCCGAUCGGUUUCUUUCAGGGAUUCUUGGAUUGAUCUCCCCAUCCCUUCAUCGUCUUCCGCGUCGGCGGAACCCUAGAAAACCCUCGCGUAGGAUUCGGAUUCGUUCGGCGCAGAUCCAGAUCUCGCGUGCGCGGAGGGCGCAAUGGAGGCGAUGGAGGAGCUGACCCAGCUGUCCGAGGCCAUGCUGCAGGCCGCCGCUCUUCUCGCCGACGAGGACGUCGACGAGCCCUCGUCGAAGCGGAACUCGACCUUCCUCAACGUCGUCGCGCUCGGCAAUGUCGGCGCUGGCAAAUCGGCCGUGCUGAACAGUUUGAUCGGACACCCAGUACUGCCUACCGGAGAGAAUGGCGCGACUCGAGCGCCCAUCUGCAUCGGUCUUCAGCGGGAUGGCUCGCUUAGUAGCAAAUCCAUCAUAUUGCAAAUAGACAACAAGUCCCAGCAGGUUUCUGCAAGUGCUCUUAGACAUUCUUUGCAAGACAGGUUAAGUAAGGGAGCAGCUGGAAGGGGCCACGCUGAUGAAAUAUAUUUGAAGCUACAGACUAGCACAGCUCCUCCAUUGAAAUUAAUUGAUUUGCCUGGAUUAGACCAGCGAGCUAUGGAUGAAUCAGUGAUCAGUGAAUAUGCUGCACAUAAUGAUGCAAUAUUGCUAAUCGUUAUACCGGCUUCCCAAGCACCUGAAAUUUCAUCAUCUCGAGCUCUUAGGCUGGCAAAGGAAUUCGAUUCAGAUGGAACCAGAACCAUCGGUGUUGUGAGCAAAAUUGAUCAAGCAUCUGGAGACCAGAAAAGCCUUGCGGCUGCUCUGUCCCUUCUACUGAAUCAAGGUCCGCGAAAUGCUGCAGAUAUUCCGUGGGUUGCUUUGAUUGGCCAAUCUGUUUCUAUUGCUUCAGCACAAGCUGGAUCAGUAGGUUCUGAAAACUCACUGGAAACUGCCUGGCGUGCUGAGACUGAAAGCCUUAGAUCUAUACUAACUGGAGCUCCCCAAAGUAAGCUUGGUAGAGUUGCUUUGGUGGAUACUCUUGCCAAACAGAUACGUAAGCGGAUGAAAGUCAGGCUUCCGAACCUCCUGACUGGGCUUCAGGGUAAAUCUCAGAUUGUGCAAGAUGAAUUGGUAAGGCUUGGCGAGCAAAUGGUACAUAGCGCUGAAGGAACCAGGGCAAUAGCUCUGGAGCUUUGCCGAGAAUUUGAAGAUAAGUUUCUUCAGCAUAUUGCGACUGGAGAGGGUGCUGGUUGGAAAGUUGUUGCUAGUUUUGAGGGGAACUUCCCUAAUAGGAUCAAACAACUUCCACUGGACAGGCACUUUGAUAUUAAUAAUGUCAAAAGGAUUGUGCUGGAAGCUGAUGGUUAUCAACCAUAUCUGAUUUCUCCGGAGAAAGGUUUAAGGUCUUUGAUAAAGGGUGUUUUAGAAUUGGCAAAGGAACCGUCACGCCUCUGUGUGGAUGAGGUGCACCGCGUAUUAAUAGAUAUAGUAUCUGCUGCUGCAAAUGCAACGCCAGGACUUGGAAGAUACCCCCCCUUCAAGCGUGAGGUCAUUGUAAUUGCAUCUGCUGCAUUGGAGGGGUUUAAAAAUGAGGCCAAAAAGAUGGUAGUUGCCCUCGUUGAUAUGGAGCGUGCCUUUGUUCCUCCUCAGCACUUCAUCCGCUUAGUGCAGAGAAGGAUGGAGAGGCAGCGUCGCGAGGAAGAGCUGAAGACCCGAUCUUCUAAGAAGGGGCAGGAGGCUGAACAAUCCAUUUUGAACAGAGCAACAAGCCCUCAACCAGGAUCAGAACAAGCCGGCGGUAGCUUAAAAUCUAUGAAGGAAAAGUCCGGUCAGCAAGAUAAAGAUGCAAAAGAGGGAUCAAAUCUACAGGUUGCUGGGCCUGCUGGCGAAAUAACCGCUGGGUUUUUAUUGAAAAAAAGUGCAAAAACCAAUGGCUGGAGUAGGCGAUGGUUUGUUCUAAAUGAGAAAAGUGGAAAGCUCGGGUACACUAAGAAACAAGAAGAGAGACAUUUUCGGGGUGUCAUCACUUUGGAGGAGUGUAAUAUCGAGGAAAUUUCAGACGAGGGAGAUCCUCCCAAAAGUUCGAAGGAAUCAAAGAAGGCAAAUGGACCAGAUUCUGGGAAAUCCUCAAGCCUUGUCUUUAAGUUAACUAACAAGGUUGCAUAUAAAACUGUUCUAAAAGCUCACAGUGCGGUAUUACUGAAGGCUGAGAGUAUGGCUGACAAAGUUGAGUGGGUGAAUAAGAUCAGAAGUGUUAUUCAAUCUAAGGGACCUCCUGCUAAGGGCACAAAUGCUUCUGAAGGUGGUCCAUCCGUAAGGCAAAGCCUUUCAGAUGGUUCCCUUGACACAAUGGUUAGAAGACCUGCUGAUCCUGAAGAAGAGCUGAGGUGGAUGUCUCAAGAAGUUCGUGGUUAUGUUGAAGCUGUUUUGAACAGUCUCGCCGCUAAUAUUCCGAAGGCUGUUGUGCUUUGUCAAGUCGAAAAAGCAAAGGAGGACAUGCUAAAUCAACUUUACAGCUCAGUAAGUGGUCAAAGCACUGCAAGGAUUGAAGAACUACUUCUAGAGGACCAGAAUGUUAAGCGUCGGCGGGAACGAUUCCAAAAGCAGUCGUCUCUCCUCUCAAAACUCACUCGCCAGCUUGGCAUCCACGACAACCGUGCAGCAGCUGCUUCUAGUUGGUCCAAUGGUAGCACUGAAGCUGAAAGUAGCCCAAGCCCAAGAACCCCUGGUCGGUCUGGUGAUGAUUGGAGGUCCGCGUUUGAUGCGGCAGCAAAUGGGCCUAUAGACCAUUCCAACUCCCGUCAGUCGAGGUCCAGCAGCGCAAAUGGCCAUGGCCGUCGCUAUAGUGAUCCGGCCCAAAAUGGUGAUCCUAGCUCUGGCCCAAAUUCUAGCAGCCGUCGGACGCCUAAUCGAUUACCGCCCCCACCGCCACAGAGAUACUAGGGCAUGCUGAUCGGCAUCCCAUAUAUCCUAUAUUAAUUUCGGGUGCACCACAUUCAUUUUUCUGCUCUUGGUGCUUUGAUGAGAUGUUUUAGUAUUUUGCAGAAUAGGUCUUUAACGAGAAACCAUAUUAACUGUGUACCCAUAGGAGCCCUAUUUUUGUUGAUAGGAGUAUGUAGAUCUUUUUUUACCCCCAGCUCCUUGGGGUGCCAAUGGAGGAUCUAUAUAUGCCUGGUAGUCUAGCAGGCCGCAGAUUUUCUUUUUUUUUUUUUAAAAAAAAAACUUUCUUGCUCUUGUUUUUGGUCUCUUUAUUGUAAUUAUGCCCCCCGACUCUGUUGAUGUAAUAUUUCUUAUUACAUUUUCAUUCAUCAGUUUUUGUUGUCUUCUUACAGUCAUUUUGAAGCAUAUAGAGUUUCUAUCAUCCAAAUGCCAUUUGAGUUA